AUGCUGACGAUUAAGAAGGUUCCGACAGUGGUCUCCCUGAACCAGGAGGAGGAUCAGCCCGCGGGCUGCGGUCGCCGCUGUCUGAAUUCCUGCUGCACCAUUGGUGCUCGCAUGCCGCUGUACGCGUACGCGAAGCGUCCGUGCACCAAGCCGGAGCGCAUCCAAUCGUUCACGGAGCUGGACGGGGUUCCUGGUUUCCAGCCCGGGUUUCUCGGCAACACCACGAGCUUCGCGUCGUACGACGACCUGCUGUCGAUCCGCGAGUCGCUGUCGUCGUCCGACGAGGACUCGCUGUCGUCCGGCGGCGCGAGCGACAUCCACGACGACGACGCCUUCUCGCUGCGCAAGCACAUCACCUCCGAGUGGGAGAAGAAGUUUCAGGAGGGGCUAUUCCGCUAUGACGUGACAGCAUGCGAGUCAAAGGUUAUCGAAGGUCGCCUGGGCUUCAUUGCGCAGCUGAACGAGGGGAGGCACUCCAAGAAGCGUCCCACCGAAUUCCGCGUGGACAAGGUGCUGCAGGCGUUUGAUCCCGCCAAGUUCAAUUUCACCAAGGUUGGGCAGAACGAGAUGCUCUUCCGCUUUGAGGAAGGCAAGGACGAGGAGAGCCGCUUCUAUGAAGCCGCCCUCGUGGAGGAGAGCCCCAGCCUCAUGGUCAUUAACGUGUCUCCCAUUGACUACGGCCACGUGCUGCUGGUUCCCCGUGUGCUCGACAAGAUCCCCCAGUGCAUGCACGAAUCCAGUCUCCUCAUGGCUCUCCGCCUAGCCUCGGAAGUCAACGACCCUGCCUUCAGGAUCGGGUACAACAGCCUCGGCGCCUUCGCCACCAUCAACCACCUGCACUUCCAGGCCUACUUUCUCGACCUGCCCUUUGCGAUUGAGCGUGCAUCUUCGAAGGAGAUCGCUGUUUCAACGAAUGAGGUCAAGAUUGGGGAGCUUGUGGAUUAUCCAGUGAAAACGUUGGUGUUCCAAGCGGGUGCAUGCAUUGAGCAGAUGGCAUCGGCUGCUGCGGCGGCAUGUUGCAAGCUCCAGGAAGGGAACAUUCCCUUCAACAUGUUUAUCGUGGACAGGGGCACCCGGUUGUUCCUGAUUCCACAGAGGUAUGCAGAGAGGCAGGCAAGGGGCGAGAUCAGCCAAGAGCUUCUUGACACGCAGGUGAACCCUGCAGUGUUUGAAAUUUCCGGUCAUAUCGUGUGCAAGCGCCGGGAGGAUUACGAUAAUGCUUCCGAGGAAUGGACCUGGAAGCUUCUGGAAGCAACGUCCCUCACUGAAGAGGGAUUUGAAGUUGUCAGGAAGAUUUCUGUGGAAGCGCUGGCAGAGUCUGCCUUCGAGUUUGCUGAGAUAGGAAUGAGUGGUGUGGUUGGGAAGGGAAAGGCGGAGUUUGUGAGUGAGGCUGGUGCUUGGGUUGAUUUUGCAGCUAAGAAAGGUGAAGCGGCGGGACGCGCUAUCCUGGAAGUUUACAACAGCCACCAAGACGACUGGGGAGUGAGCGUGAAAUCGGACCACUCUCCGCUGACCGACGCUGACUCGAAGGCCAACGCGUUAAUCUGCAGCGAGCUUGCGCGCAUCACGCCGCACGUUCCGAUCGUCAGCGAGGAGACGAAGCUGGUGCCGUACUCCGUGAGGAAGGAGUACCAGCUGUGGUGGUGCGUGGAUCCGUUAGACGGCACGAAGGAAUUCAUCAAGCGGAACGGGCAGUUCACAGUAAACAUUGCCCUGGUGAAAGGCGAUCGACCCAUUCUAGGGGUGGUUCACACGCCCUGCCUCAAAAAGACUCACUGGGCCGUUGCUGGGAAAGGAGCUUUCCUGCGGGACCAUUCCAGCCAAUCAGAUUCAUCAUCCCUGCCCGAGGAUAAGCCGAUCCGGGCAGCUGAAUAUACGGACGCCGACCCGGGACUGGUGAUCAUGGGGUCGCUGUCUCACAGCACGCCCGAGACAGAGAAAUUUAUCGGGCAGUUUAAGGAUCCGAAAGUGGAGGCAAUGGGCAGCUCGCUGAAAUUCAUGCGGGUUGCAGAGGGGUCUGCACAUUUGUACCCAAGACUGGCUCCGACAUCAGAGUGGGACACCUGUGCUUCUCAGAUCAUAGUGGAAGAGGCUGGAGGGAAGGGCAAGAGGGGCGGCAAGCUCGUAUUGCCGGGCGGCAGUGAGGGAGGCGACGAAAUGGGGGAAGGCCGUUUGAUAGAGAGGAGGAGGUCCCACUACACUGCUACCACACCUCCUGCUGUUGCCACCUCCCCUGCUGCUGCUGUCGCCCCUACUGGUAUCACUCCUGGUGCUGUUGCCAUAUUCUCUACCAUGCACUCCCCUGCCAUUACAUGCCUCUCCUCUGCCCCUGCUGCUGCUCACUCCUUUGUCCCUGCUGCUGCUCACUCCUCUGUCCCUGCUGCUGCUCACUCCUCUGCUGUAAUCCAUAACUGUCCUCUCCCUCCUCAUCCUCCUCUCUCUCCUCAUCCCCACUCCACCCUCCACCACCCCUCCUCACCCCUUCAGUCUCUCUCCUCUCCCUCCUCCCUCCUCCCAACCCCACCCCCCUCUCCACCUCCUCACUCCCUUCACCUCCAUUCCUCCUCGCCGCCUCUCCUCCCUUCCCUUCCUCUCUCUCCAGCCCCCCCCGCCCCGCCUCCCCUCUCUCUGUCCCCUCUCUCUCCCUCCUCCGCUCCUCCUGCAACUGAACAGCAAGAGGGGGGAUAA